AUGGAUAAACCUUACAAUGAGGCUUAUCAACUUAUUGAAAGUAUGGCCCAGAAUCACUAUCAGUGGGGAAGUGAAAGAACCUCCAUAGAGAAACCUCCAACGAGAGGAGGUAUGUACGAAAUAAGCAGUCUUGACCAUGUCAAUGCUAAGGUAGAUGCUCUCACUCAAAAUAUAGAAAACCUGACCAUAACACCCAUAACCACCAUGGUUGUCGUAGCUCCGAACUGCGAGUUAUGUGGAGUUCCUGGGCAUGCUCCCCCUGAAUGUCAACUUUUGGUAGGAAUCUCCACAGACCAAGUGAAUUAUGCUCAAGGAAAGCCUUACUUAAACACCUAUAACCCAGGUUGGAAUAACCAUCCAAACUUUUCGUACAAAAACAAUAACGCAUUGUAUGCACCUAGCCAAGCACCAGCUGUACCACCAGGAUGUCAUAAGGCUGCCACAACUGCUCCAAAUGCUCCUAGGAAGUCAAACCUUGAAAUAAUGAUGGAAAACUUCAUAGUUAUCCAGGCCCAAAGAAAUAAGGAUUUCCUAAAUCAAAACAUACACACUACUGAGAAAAUUAAGCAAUUAGAAAACAAAGUAGACGCUUUAGCCACCCAAAACAAAAUGUUAGAAACCCAAAUUUCGCAAGUGGCACAACAACAAGAACCUACUGCUUCCCCUGCAGGUACAUUUCUUGGACAACCACAACCAAACCUGAAAGGUCAUGCAAAUGCUAUUACACUACGAAGUGGGACAGAAUUAGACGGACCAACCGACCCUAGACUUCAAAAUCCAGCCAUGCACCAAGACCCUGGUAAAAUAACUGAGAAGGAAAAUGAACUAAAGGAAAAGAAAAGCGAAGAGGCCAUAAAGAAAGAAGAACCAUAUGUGCCUCCACCACCGUAUAAACCUCAUAUCUUGUAUCCUCAAAGACUUGCUAAAUCCAAAAGUGUAGGGCAAUUCAAGAAAUUUGUAGAAUUUCUGAAACAAUUGAACAUCACAAUACCUUUUAAAAAAUUUAUAACUCAAAUGCCCUCAUACGCUAAGUUUCUUAAGGAGAUCUUAUCUAACAAGAAGAAGAUCGAGGAUAAUGAAACUGUUACACUUACUGCUGAGUGUAGCGCUAUAAUUCAAAGUAAUAUGCCUCAUAAGCUGAAAGACCCAGGGAGUUUCUCCAUACCCUGUGUAAUCGGAACGUUUGUCAUAGACAAAGCUAUAUGCGACUUAGGAUCCAAUAUUAACUUAAUGCCCUUGUCCAUAUGCGGAAGGCUUAAAAUGGGAGAGUUGAGACCAACUAGGAUAUCCAUACAACUAGUUGAUCGUUCUGUUAAAUUUCUCGUAGGUAUGCUAGAGAACGUUCCAGUGCGCAUAGGUUAA